ACUGGCCCGGCCUCAGAACGGAGCCUGUAGCCGGGCGCCAUCUUUGACGCUGGCAGUCUUGGUUUUCUGCUGGUGCUGCUGCUGCGGGGACGACGGACGGCAGCGGCUAAGCACGAAGAAAGACGUGGCAGCCGGCGGGAGUCGGGGAUAGUGUCAUCGGUUCGGUAAAGUUUCUGUUCUCUGAUUUGGGGAUAAUCCCUGCCCAAAAAAUUCCUGGAAAAUUGACUAGUAUUAAGUGUGAGUAAAAGGUGUCCACUUUUUUUUAAGUUUUGAUUUUAGUUUUGUCUUGGAUAGUGUUUGGCAAGAUUUAGCCUAGAAGUUAUGUAGUAUUUAUUACGUACGAGAGAAUCAAAAUUGCUUGGUUACUGGGCUGGUUUCAAAAUUUAGGACUCAUUUCUAUGUUUCAAAAUAGUUAUUUUUUUUUUUAUUCUUAAAUGGUAAGUGUACCAUUGUGAAAUGAAAUUUCAGCUCCAAAAGUUUACCCUUUUACUAAUUGGAGUAAAUGGAUAAUUACAAAGUCUUUAGCUACAGCCAUCAGUAGUAAAGAAUUUGGAACUAGGCGGCGUAAGCAAGCCUUUCUAGGGCCAAUAUUGUAUGGCAUGCCAGUGACACUGGUGUUGAUACAAAAGGAGAAAUAAGUCUUCCCUUAGAUAGAAACUUCUGUGUUUUGACAGUUUCAUUUUAGAAUGGCUAUUAUGCUGCUCUGCCUUCUACAGCUUGCUGCACCACUCUGUAGUUACUCUAUAACUAUCCGUUUCUUUUUUGGUUAAACACUCCCUGAUGAUGAUGAUGAUGCUAUACAUACAUCCAUAUGAUACACGUUGAUAUGUGUGUAAGGAUUUCCCUUCGUCUUUAUUUUUUGGGCUGGGCAAAAUUUAAUGUAACAAUAACUUCUUGAUACUUUGGUAUAAGAGUAAGUUCACUAUUUUUAUAAUGAACCCAAAUCUAAAGUCUUUUAUCAUUUAUUUUAAAAGGGAAAACUUAUCCAGAUGUUAUGUUUGUACACAUUUGUGUAUGUGUGUGUGUGUGUGUGUAAGCCAGUUAGUAUAUAUGUAUAUUAUAUACAUAAAACAUUUUAUAUUUUUACAUACAAGUAUGCUUUUAUUAUACAGAUAAUAAAGAUGGGGGAAGGUUUCUGUUUUUUUCUUAAUAGGUGAAGAAAUCUUGAAGACCAGAAAUUGGAUCUUAUUGAAUUUUGGUGUUUUUUUUUCCGUUUUUUCCUCUUUUUCUUCUUUUUUAAAUGAUAUUGUUCGACUAUGGAAGAUGGAUCUUUUUUUUUUUUUUUUUUUUUUGUAGCCGUCUGAAUCUCAGGUUCAUUUUUAAAUGAACUCCUUUUUUUGUUGUUUUUUUUUUUUUUGAGGAGAUAACUAACCCUAGUUGUCUCCAGUCUGAAAAAGGUUAUUCGAAUGGACUUAAUCUCCUAGUAGUUGGGAGAUGUUUUAAAAACACGUCCUGUGUUUGAAUUGUGGCUGAGAGGUUUCCUUGGCAAUGUGAGGAGGAAAAUUUUUUCUGCCUCUUUAUUAUUAAUUCACGGAUUGAGUGUUGGUUCGACCUACAGGCGUAAUAGAUUGGAACUCAGUGAAGACACAGACGUUCCUGUUGAGAGCAACCAGCUAAUGAUUACAUUUUAAAGACAGUUUCUGUGAUUGAGUUGUCAUUUGGAAGAUUGAACCAUUUCAAGAGGACUUGGAGCUGGUCCUCACCUUGAGGAAGCAGUGGCUUGUUCCAAGAAGCCACUUCUGAUCUAAGAAUCUACUCAGCAUGCCUAACCAAGGAGAAGACUGCUAUUUUUUUUUCUAUUCUACAUGUACCAAAGGCGACAGCUGCCCAUUCCGUCACUGUGAAGCUGCACUAGGAAAUGAAACUGUUUGCACAUUAUGGCAAGAAGGGCGCUGUUUUCGACAGGUGUGCAGGUUUCGGCAUAUGGAGAUUGAUAAAAAACGCAGUGAAAUUCCUUGCUAUUGGGAAAAUCAACCGAUGGGAUGUCAAAAACUAAACUGCGCUUUCCAUCACAACCGAGGACGUUAUGUUGAUGGCCUUUUCCUACCUCCAAGCAAAACGGUGUUGCCCACUGUGCCUGAGUCGCCAGAAGAGGAAGUGAAGGCUAGCCAACUCACAGUUCAGCAGAACAAAUUGUCUGUCCAGUCUAAUCCCUCCCCUCAGCUGCGGAGUGUUAUGAAAGUAGAAAGUUCUGAAAAUGUUCCUAGCCCCACACAUCCCCCAGUUGUCAUUAAUGCUGCAGAUGAUGAUGAAGAUGAUGAUGAUCAGUUUUCUGAGGAAGGUGAUGAAACCAAAACACCUACCCUGCAACCAACUCCUGAAGUUCAUAAUGGAUUACGAGGGACUUCUGCCCGGAAACCUGGGGUCAAUUUAAAGCAAGGUGAAUGUUUGAAUUUUGGGAUAAAAACUCUUGAGGAAAUUAAGUCAAAGAAAAUGAAGGAAAAAUCUAAGAAGCAAGGUGAAGGAUCUUCAGCAGUUUCCAGUCUUUUACUCCACCCUCAGCCCAUUCCAGGUCCUGAGAAAGAGAAUGUCCGGACCGUGGUGAGGACAGUUACUCUGUCCAGCAAACAAGGGGAAGAACCCUUGGUUAGAUUGAGCCUUACUGAGAGACUAGGGAAACGAAAAUUUUCAGUAGGUGGUGACAAUGAUCCUCCAUUAAAGCGUAGCCUUGCACAGAGGCUAGGGAAGAAAGUUGAAGCUCCAGAAACUGACACUGACAAAACACCAAAGAAAGUUCAAGUUUCCAAGUCUUUGAAGGAGCGAUUAGGCAUGUCAGCUGGUCCAAACAAUGAGGAGGCAACGGAGAGAGUUAAAGUUGGUGAGAUCCAUGUUAAGACAUUAGAAGAAAUUCUUCUUGAAAGAGCCAGUCAAAAACGUGGAGAAUUGGAGACUAAACUCAAGACAGAAGGACCUUCAAAAGCUGAUGAUUCUACUUCCGGAACAAGAAGCUCCUCCACUAUUCGAAUAAAAACCUUCUCUGAGGUACUGGCUGAAAAAAAACAUCGGCAGCAGGAAGCAGAGAAACAAAAGAGCAAAAAGGAUGCAACUUGUAUCAAACUAAAGACUGAUAGUGAAAUUAAAAAAACAGCGGUUUUGCCAACUGUAGUUGCUGGCAAAGGACAAUCAGAGGAGCCUACAGGUAGAACAAAGUCUAUGCAGGAGGUACACAUCAAGACGCUGGAGGAAAUCAAACUGGAGAAGGCCCUGAGGGUGCAGCAGAGCUCUGAGAGUAGCACCAGCGCCCAGCCUCAACCUGAGACUACCCCGGGGGCAAGGCGGCUGCUCCGAAUCACCAAAAAAGCAGGAAUGAAAGAAGAGAAGAAACUUCAGGAAGGAAGUGAAGUUGCUUCUCAGAGCAGUGUUACUAAAACAGAAGCUAAAGAGGCUUCAGAUGAAGCCACAGGAAAUGACAUCACUAAAGUUCAGGUCAAGAGAUGUGAGACCGUGAGAGAGAAGCAUGUGCCGAAACAGGAGAGGGGAACUUUACAAAAGGAAAAAUCAGUCUUGACGCCUCUUCGCGAAGAUGUAGCCUCUUGCAAUGCUCAAGUGGCAGGGAAACCAGUGCUCACUGCUGUGCCAGGAAUCACACGGCACCUGACCAAGCGGCUUUCCACUAAGUCAUCCCAGAAAGUGGAGGUAGAAACCUCAGGGAUUGGGGACUCAGUACUGAAUGUGAAAUGUGCAGCACAGACCUUGGAAAAAAGAGGUAAAGCUAAACCCAAAGUGAAUGUGAAGCCAUCUGUGGUUAAAGUUGUUUCAUCGCCCAAAUUGGCCCCAAAACGCAAGGCAGUGGAGGUGCACCCUGCUGUCAUCGCAGCUGUGAAGCCACUUAGCUCCAGCAGUGUUCUACAGGAAAGCCCUGCCAAAAAAGCAGCUGUGGCUAUUAUCCCACUCCUCUCUGAGGACAAAUCAGUCACUGUGCCUGAGGCAGAGAAACCUAGAGACAGUCUUAUGCUGCCUCCAGCUCAGUCCCCUUCAGAUCCCUCACCCCCAGAAGUAUCUGGCCCUUCUUCAUCCCAAAUGGCCACGAAAACUCGCCGGCUCAGCUCUGCCUCAACAGGAAAGCCCCCACUAUCUGUGGAGGAUGAUUUUGAGAAACUCAUAUGGGAAAUUUCAGGAGGCAAAUUAGAAGCUGAGAUUGACCUGGAUCCUGGGAAGGAUGAAGAUGACCUUCUGCUUGAGCUAUCAGAAAUGAUUGAUAGCUGAAAGUGGUGGUGAGGACACUUCAAAAAAAAAAACUCACCAAAAAACUGGACUUAGUUUAAUCUAUUGUAACAUUUACCUGAGAUGAUCAUUCUUUAGUUUAGAAUUUGCCCCAGAUCGGAAGUAUACCUCUGAAUUAUCUGUAUGUGUCCUGGAUUCCUUGAUUUUUGUAUAAGUCAAUAACCAUUUAUCCAUUUGAUGCCAUUGUUUAGCAUCUUUGAGAAAAAUGUUCUGUCAUACCCUUAUCUUCACAAAAAAAGAGACUGAGAGGGAGUUCCAAGUGAAAAUGUGCAAGAGAACUUAGUGACUCCUUGAGGUGUUUGUCAGUUUUGGUUUGUUUCUUCUUUGUUGUACUCUUUCUUUUAUGUAAUGUCUGUAUGUACUUAAUAUUACCUGAAUUUGAAAUGGAUGAAGACAGCUGCUACCAUUAAGGACCAAAUUUCAUGCUACCACUAAACAAAAAAAAACCCCACUCAGUCUGUGUUAAAUUGUAUGUCUUUUUAAAGGUAUUUGCAGAUUUAACUAAGCUUUAAAGAGGGCUGAGCAGCUCAGGAAGUCUAUAAUGUGGACAUAACUCUUUGGACCUGAUUUUGAUCUUCUGCUGCUCUGUUAGCCUCUGAAGAGCAAUAUCUAAUUUAUUAUUACUGUAAUUUUUUUAAGGCUUUAAAGUGCCUCAGGGGUCCUUUGAAACUAAUUUUCUAUUUCUGGGAUUCCUGGAUUCAUUAUAAGAGAUGGUGUCAUGAUUAGAGAUAUUCUUUGUUAGUAUGAAAAUUGUCCCUUCUUCAGUACUUGCCUCCUGCUGGCAUUGAAAUAUCACAGGGACAAAGACUGAUUAAUUUUUUAUUUCUAACUCUUUCAGCAAACUCCUAUUGCCCAGUAUUUAUUUGGUGUCCUUUUACCACCAGAGAGAGAAAAAUGAACUUGCUUAAGCUGCCAAUAUAUGGACUGCACCAGUACAAUGGAUUGUACUGUAGCAGGGAUAUUGCGAUGCUCUGGGGGUGUAUUGUAUACCUGCCAGUUUUCUUCGUUUCUGAAUUGAAUUUUCUUUUCUUGAUGUUGGUCUCCUUCAUAUCACCUCAAGGUUUAGACUUGCGAAGGAAUAAGCAUGAUGGGGACAAUAGUCUUGAAAGGAGACAUAAUGUAUAUAAUCGGAAGGAGGAGGAAGGCCAAGGACUUGUCCAUUUUGAUAUUUUGCUGUGGGUGGCCAGUUUUGUUUCUCAUAGGGAAAUCUGACCCACCUGUCAUGUUGGCUCCUAAGGAACUGCUGUUGUAAGCGGCUCAUCAAGAGUUGAACUUCAUGUAGCCUUGUUGGGAAUACAGAAAGGAAGAAAGCCACAGGACUGCCCAUUCAGUCUUGGGAAGAUCUGGAUGAUUCUGCACAAACAAAAAUGACUUGAAAUUUAUGUAUAGACGCACCUCUACCAAUCCAUCUUCAGCUGACUGAAUGUUGUAUGAUAGCCCUUCUCCAAAGCAGGGUGGAAUGUACUGGUUUCACCACAGAUUUUCUACUCAUUUCAUUUUUGGAAUUAGCUUAUCAAUUCCGGGUCUCUUUUGUAUAUAACCUUUAUUCCUUUGCUUUUUUAAGAAUAAUUUUGUUUCAUAUUUAAAGCACUUGUAUUAGUCAAUGGUUCGUGUUCAGCAUUAUUUGAACCCUUACGGAAAGAGAAAUACUUAUUUGUGUUUUAAAUAAACUGGUGUAGGAAAGUCUUGA